CACAUCAUCUUCAAUCUCUUCUUCUUCCCAAUUUUUAAAUUUCAAAAUUCAAACCCCCCUCCCAAUUUUCAACAUGAAUCCUUCCGGCUCCGGCUUCUUUUCCGACAAUCUCGCGCCAAGCGACGCCGCAAUGUGGUAUUACCAAGAGUUGGACGAUCGACCGCCGAUGUACGAGACGCAACAAUCGGGGUACGUCGACCGAGAUUCGGUUCCGGAGACUCAACCGGAACCGCCCGGGUCGAAAAAAAGUACACGCCGCAAAAGCCACAAAGCCAAAAGCACGUUGACCGAGGCGGCACGGUCAAUCCAAAAGUGGACGCCAGAGGAGGAGUGCAUAUUGGCGUCGGCUUGGGUUGACGUCUCCGAGCAUCCUAUCAUUGGUACGGAGCAAACGAAGGAUGCGAUGUGGGAUCGUAUCGAGGAGAAGCUCUUCACGGAGAUGAAGAAGGACGGCUCCUACCGAACCCAGGACCAACUCACUUCCAAAUGGAGCCACAUCAACAAAAAAGUCCGAAAGUUUAUCGGAGUUUACGAGGAAUGCUCCCGGUCCCGGAGGAGCGGCACGAACGACACCGAUGUUCUCCGGCUUGCCACGACGCGGUAUCAAGACGACGGGCACCAAGGCAAGGUGCCCAUCGAUCUUUGGAGGAUUUUGAGUUGUUCCACGAAGUGGCAACAACUCAAUAAUCCCGACGAUGGAUCGUUCCGGAAAAGAUCCACCAUCGACGCCGAGGUUGAGGUCGACGAGACUAUCGGUUCGACUGAUCAAAUCCCUCCCUUCAACGUUGCGGAUUCUGAUGAUGAGGACCCCAUUCCACGGCCGAUCGGAAGAAAGAAGGCAAAAUCCAUUGCAUCUAAUUCGGGAGGGCUCCGCCGACCCUUCUGCCCGAACUAUCUUUUCCAAAGCAACAACCAAAUACAAACUUUCUUCCGUCUCGGGCAGGUCGACGAUGCCCGGCGGGUGUUCGACGAGAUGCCUCACCGAGAUGCUUUCACAUGGAACUCAAUGAUCUCCGGGUACUGCAAAAAUGGCCGCGUUGAUGAUGCAAGGUGCCUCUUUGAUGCGUUUCUUGGAAAGAGUGUCAGGACUUGGACGUCUAUGCUUUCUGGGUACGCCAAAGCUGGAAGAGUUCAUGACGCUGAGGGGAUUUUUCUUGCCAUGCCAGAGAAAAAUGUUGUCUCCUACAAUGCGAUGAUUAGUGGGUACUUUCAGAAUGGGGAUGUUCAGAGUGCAAGGGAGAUUUUUGAUGUCAUGGGUGAUAGAAAUAUGGCUACUUGGAACUCUAUGAUCACGGGAUACUGCAGGAUGCGCUGGAUGCGGGAGGCACGUGAGCUGUUUGAUGAUAUGCCAGAAAGAAAUGAGGUUUCGUAUAUGGUUUUGAUUUCUGGAUUGGUCACAUACUUUCUUCCACUUGCAUUGAAGACGGGAUACAGUAGUGAUGUGGUGGUGGGAACUGCAAUUUUGAACACCUUAAGACGAACUGCGAGUUUGGAUUCGGCCUUAAAGUUUUUUAAUGAUAUGCCAGAGAAGAACGAGUACACUUGGAGCACAAUGAUUUCCGCGCUCUCCCAGUGUGGAAGGUUGGAAGAUGCUAUUCUGUUUUACAGACAAGUUCCAGAACACAAUAAUGGGACUCAAACGGCAAUGUUGACUGCUUAUGCCCAAAACGGAAGGAUGAAUGAGGCAAGGAAAAUGUUUGACAUCAUCAGUAACCCAGAUGUUCUUACCUGGAAUGCUCUUCUUGCAGGAUAUGCACAGAACGGGAUGGUUGAGGAGGCUAAGGAAUUGUUUUUUAUCCAAAUGCCUACAAGGAAUAUGGCUUCUUGGGGAACAAUGGUUUCUGGGUUUGUGCAGAGUGGGAAUUAUAAAGAAGCUUUGGAGGUGUUUGGUGCAAUGCAUAGGUCAGGGAUCAUUCCCGAUAAUUCCGUGUUACCUAGUACACUUUCUGCUUGCACGAACAUUGGAAAGAUUGAAAUCGGCAAACAGAUACACUCUGUAGCUAUUAAAUUGGGUUACGAGUUUAAUUCAUUCAUCGGGAAUGGAUUGAUAAACAUGUAUGCUAAAUGCAAGAACAUAGAAGAUUUUCUUCAGGUAUUUGACAUGAUGAAAGUCAGGGAUACAUCCUCUUGGAACUCUCUGAUCACAGGUCUUUCUGAGAACCACAGACUGAGUGGUGCUGUUGAAGUAUUCAAGAGGAUGCCGAACCACAAUGUUGUGUCUUGGACUGCUUUGAUAUCAGCAUAUGCCCUAGCCGAACAAGGAAAUAUUGCAUUCCAGUUAUUCCAUGACAUGCGCAAUGGUGGAAUAAAACCAAGCGAACAAACGGUUACUAGUCUACUGAGUGGCAGCGGUAUCCGUGGUGCUCCACGGUUAGGAGAACAAAUUCACGGGUUAGCUUAUAAAAUUGCCCUGAAUUUGCGUUUGUUUGUCCGCAACGCUCUUAUAACCAUGUAUUUCAAGGGUGGGUCCCGUGACGGGUUCAGGAUUUUUGAGGAUACAAAGGCUGAGCAUAGAGACAUUGUCACUUGGAAUGCUGUUUUGACCGGAUGUGCUCAAAACGGGUUGGGUAGAGAAGCCAUCAAUAUCUAUGAGAGAAUGAAAUCUGCUAAGUUUGUCCCUAAUCAAAUAACUUUUCUCGAGCUGCUUUUUUCUUGCUGCCAUUCAGGGCUAGUGGAUGAAGGUUUGAACUUUUUUGACUCGAUGAUUCGGGACUAUGAGAUUCCACCAUCUAUAGAUCACUAUACAGUUGUGGUUGAUCUUCUUGGGCGGGCUGGGCGACUCGCUGAAGCUGAAUCACUUGUAUAUAGUAUGCCUAUGGAGCCGGAUGCUGCGAUCUUGGAUUCUCUUCUUGCUGCUUGUAAAAAUCACGGUAACUUGAAUCUUGCCCAGGACAUUGCAGAAAGGCUAUUUCGGAUGGGUACUAAUAAAUCUGGAGCAUAUGCGUUGCUAUCAAACAUAUAUGCUUCUCAAGGCAUGUGGGAGAAAGUGGAUAGUAUACGGACCACAAUGAUUAAACGAGGAGUAAACAAAGAACCGGGUUUCAGCUGGAUCCAUUUCAAAGCGAACUCGGGCACUCGAUAGGUGGAGAUGAGAGCUAAAGCAAGGAAGGCUCAGAUGAAGAGUGUUAAGAAGGAUUCAAUGCAAUUAGCUGCUUCCGCAACUUCUAGGGAUUAAGCUCCCGAUUUUUGGUCACAAAAAUUGUGGCAGAAACAAUGGAUUAGUAAGGGACUGUAAGGGACUCUUCAUUGGACAUGAAUGGCUUCCCUGAAGCUUUCCCGGAUCACGUACUGCAAGACACCGAAUAGAGGAAUUGUUCUUCUCAAGAAAUACUCCAUCCGUUCCUAAAAGGUUGUCGUGAUUUGACUUUCUCAAAGUUUAAGAAAAAAGCGAAUUGUACGGCGGAGAAUUAUGCCAUGGAGAGAGAAAUAAUAUAAAUUAAAUAGAAUGAGGCAAU